AUGAUGGUUCCUAGCCAUCUCGUGUGGCUUGCCCACGUUCUGCCUGCUGUUGCGCUGACCAUUACCGCACCUGCUACGACUCCCUCGACUGUGGCUACAAGCUGUGGUACGGAUAAUCUGAUUCAGGAGGGAAAUUUUGCGGGUGUUGAUGUUACUGCUGAGGAUGGUGUAUGGAAUAUUCUCCCACAAUCAGGCAUCUCUGUCGUCGAUGACCAGCUCCACCUAAGUGCCGAGGCAGUUAAUUCACAGACACUCCUUGUGCAGCAAGGAUCCGCAGCCGUCGCAGGAAAGAGCUAUACAGUAUCGAUCGACUACCUCCAAAGCGCAGGUACUUCCAGCUGUGAUGUUGAUAUCACAAUCGGCGGCAAGGAGCUCGGCGCUAGCCCUUUCACCACGAUAGGUUCCUGGGCCACUAUUUCCAAGCAAUGGACUGCUACUGAUUCGUCUUCUGAUAUCAUCAUCAUCGUCGAAUGUUUCAACGGCGGUGACUCGACUGUUGAUGUGACGAACAUCUCGCUCGUAGAAAGCUGCGGUACUUCUUCAUUGACUAGUGUUUCUGUCCCCAUCAAGACCCCGUCAGUUUCCCCUGUUGCCUCUAGCACUCCGGCUACGUCGGUCUCACCCUCCGCCGAGCCUAGCUCCCAGGCAUCUUCUAGUGCCGCUUCAUCCAGUGCCGUCACUAUUCCUUCUAGCUCACCCAGUGUUUCUGGUUCACAUGGUUCUUCCAGCGCUUCAGUCUCUCCUUCUGGCGUGCCCGGCCAGCCCGGAUCCCAUGGUUCGUCGAGCGCCUCUGCUACCCCCUCCGGUGUUCCCAGCCAGUCUGGCUCGAAUGGAUCUUCCAGUGCUUCAGCCACUCCCUCCGUCUCCCCCGUUCAGACCGGAUCUCACGGAUCCUCCAGCGUCUCUACUAUCCCCUCCGACAUUCCCACUCAACCCGGCUCGAAUGGAUCUUCCAGUGCCUCUGCAACCCCCUCAGGCCCCGCAACCGUCCAACCCAGCUCCCAGGGCUCCUCGUCAAGCCAUGUCGGCACAAUCCCGGUAUCCGUUCCAUCUUCUUCGCCCUCAUCCUCGAUCCACAUUUCCUCAGUUUCCCCAAGCAGCACCCCAGGCCCAAUCACCCUAACGACUACAAUCACCGGACCAGCAAACCCUGCUUCCAGCAGCGCCGGCCAGUCCUCUGGUAUCGCCCAGUCUUCCAGCACUGCCACAGGCACUACCUCAGGCAGCCCAUCGGAGCCUGCUGAGACAACAACUUGCACGGACUCGACCACUGCAGGAGCACCGGCAUCCCAAACCACUGCGUUGUCAUCGCCCGCUAUCUCUUCCCCCGCUGGAACUACACAGGAAUUGACCACUUCCACGGUCUUCACCACCCGUACUUCGACUAUCACCGCUUGCCCCUCCACCGUCACUGAUUGUCCCGCUACCCAGAAGACUACUUACGUCACUACUGAGACUAUCGUCGUCUCCACUACUGUUUGCCCGGUUGCUGAUGCGACUACCACUGCCGAGGGUUCUCACACCACUGGCUUAACUGGCACCGGCAGCGGCUCUGGCUCUGGCUCUGGCUCUGGCUCUGGCUCUGGCUCUGGCUCUGGCUCUGGCUCUGGCUCUGGCAGCGGCAGCGGCAGCGGCUCUGGUGAUGACUACACAGUCUCAACAAUCUACUCCACCCGCACAGUCACCCUGACCGAGUGCCCAGCGACAGUCACUGACUGCCCAGCUCGUGACAAGACCACCCACGUCACAACCGAGACACUCGUUGCUGGAACCACCUCGAUCCCUAUUAAUACCUCUGUGACCACCACAGCCCCUGGUGCGGUGCAGACUUCCUCUGUACCGGUUCAGACCACAACCGUCGUUGUCGGUACCGAGACUAAGACUUCGACCAUCUUCUCCGUGAUCACUGUCCCUGGCUCUUCUACUACCGCGGCUGGUCCUGUCGAGACUGGUGUUUCACACGUUGGCGGCAACACCGGUGCUGGUGGCAGUGGUAAUGGAUCUGGUUCCUCCAACAUCUCCGGCAACGGCGCCGGGAGCUACUCCAAUCUCCCGGGCAUCACACGGAUCAGCUCCGCAGCACCAAGCCUCACCCGCAUCAGCUCAUCAACCUCCCCCAUCGCGGCUUCAUCCUCUGCAGCUUCCGGCCACAAGGCCAGUGGCACUACCAUCACUGCUUCCAUUAGCACCAGUACCGGUACUACUGACAGCAGCAGCACAGCGGCCGUGACACCUGCGUUCAACGGUGCUUCGUCUCGGACUGCUUCUGGUGCAGUUGCGGCUCUUGGUGCUAUUGCUGUCGUCGCGCUCUUUCUUUGA